AUGGAGCCACUAGUGGAUCCUGAGUUAGCCGCUGCAGUUGAGGCCUCUCGGCAAGAUAUGUAUCGCCAGCAGAACAGGCACCCCUCGUCUCAGGCGUCCCAGGAUAACUUUGUCGAUCUGACCAAUGACUCGGGUAAUGACUCGGACAUUGAAGAGGUAUUCCCCAAGUCAAAGUCCGUGGUUAGUUCGGAGACUGAAGGUGACCUCGAGCAUGAGCAGCUGCAACGUGCUCUUGCUAUGUCGAUGGAGCCUAAUGACGAGGCCAACCCUCCUGAGAAUGAACAGCCUGCCAAACAUGCAACCACCCCGCAUGCAGUUUCUGUAGCGUCGGCGGGUUCACUAUUAACCAUGAACCGGAAGCAGAUGGAAGAGGAGCGUCUUGCACGUCUCGCCAAGCGCAAGGCCGACGACAAUUCGUCUUCUCCACCGUCUCAAGUCAGCCGGAAGGUCCCCAGGACUGAGCCUUUGCCAGCCCGUCACUCUGCCGCUCUACGCAAUCCGUUCCAAUCUGCCCCCCAAGCGAGCACGGCUCGAGUGAAAUCUCGCACCGAAGUCUGCCGCCAGCUUGCAUCAAAUGCCCCGAAUAUUAACAUCCAACCGACCUCCCGCUCAGUGGCGCAAUGGCCUCUUGGAGCUGUCAAAAAAACACACAUCACCGGUUUCCCUCGCAGUGGAAACGAGAUCACAAUUGAAGAAGUCAUCCAGCGAGACGACCUGGAGUUGGGCGUAUUUAGCUCGUUUCUGUGGGACAUGCCGUGGCUUUAUUCCAAGUUUAACAACUCAACCACACGAAUCAUAUUUGUUAUGCAAGCAAAUGACGAAGAAACGCGAGAGCAAUAUCGUCAGGAUGUUAGCGACAUGCCCAAUUUUCGCUUGUGUUUCCCACCGAUGGAGCCCCAAGUGUUUUGUAUGCAUUCUAAGCUGCUUUUGAUGUUUCACCCUGGAUAUCUUCGCAUCGCAGUCCCAUCCGCCAAUCUCACCCCCACUGACUGGGGAGAGGAUAGACUUAUGGAAAACACUGUAUUCCUUAUUGAUCUUCCCAAACUUGAAGUUCCUGAUGCCGGGAAGACUCCAUUCUACAAAGAACUAGUCUACUUCCUCCAGGCAACCGAACUCCACCGCAACAUCAUCAAGAAGCUGGAUGACUUUGACUUCAGCGAGACGAAGCGCUACGCAUUUGUUCAUACAGUUGGCGGAACAAACACCGACGAAAAAUGGCAACGCACCGGAUUCAGCGGCUUGGGUCGCGCUGUCAAAACCCUCGGCCUAGAGACAAACGCACCUAUCAACGUCGACUAUAUCGCCUCAUCGCUGGGAAAUAUCAACACUCCAUUCCUGCGCUCAAUCUACCUCGCUUGCAAAGGUGACAACGCUAUACUGGACUACGAGCUCCGAGCGGCAAACAAGAAAAAAGAACCCCGCACAGAAGUGGAAGCGCAUAACCAAGAAUGUCUCGACCACUUCCGCGUUUACUUCCCAUCAGACGAAACCGUACGAGACGUGCACAGCAACCCCAAAUACGCGAUUGGCACGAUAUGCUUCAAUCCAGCCUGGUGGUCGAGUGCCAAUUUCCCGCGUGACACGCUUAGAGACUGUGUCAGUGAGCGUGGAGUCUUGAUGCAUAACAAGCUUGCCUUCGUCCAUCCUUCCACCCCGAUCGAGAUGCCCGAUAACAAGGAGUGCCGUGGUUGGGCUUAUGUGGGAAGUGCGAAUUUGUCGGAGAGUGCAUGGGGUCGUAUCGUCAAGGAUCCCAAGACCAAACAGUUGAAGAUGAACUGUCGCAACUGGGAAUGCGGCGUUAUCGUGCCUAUCAUCAACGAGAAGAAGACCGAGGAGAAAGGUAAGGGACGGGAAACGCAGGGAACCGUCCCUUCGGCUCCUCUCCCAGUCGAGAUCUUCAAGGAUACCGUCCCUGUCCCGAUCAGAGUGCCUGCUGUUCCAUUGUCGGAGCACCGGAAGCCUUUCUUCUUUGGGGUUUGA